AUGGCCAUCGCCCCUGGGGCUGGGCUGGGCGCAGGCUGCCUGCCCCGCUCUGCCACCCACUGGGGGCUUGCAUCUUGCACUGCUUGGCACCCGGCCCUCCUCAGCGGAGCAGCACCAGCCCUGUGGGCUCCAUCGCCCCUGGGACAGGCCCUGGCUGCGCUGCCCAGCCCUAUCGGCCCCGUGAAGGGUCUCGGCUUCAGUCGCAGAGAAGGUCCCAUCCUGCGCUGCCUUUCUGUGCGCCCCUGCCUUUUGCUGAAGCCAGGGCUUCUGAGGCAGCCUGCUGACUGGGAUCAAAGGAAGGGAAUUGGCAGAGCCCUGAGCACUGGAUAUUGUCGCCUCUGCCAUGGGAAGUUUUCUUCCCGGAGCCUGCGCAAUGCUUUCGGAAAGGUUCCUGUGAUGGGAGAGAACUCGGAGAAGCAGCGCCGCGUGGAUCAGGUGUUCUUCACGGACUUCCAGCGGCUGGUCGGAGUCGCGGUACGACAGGACCCUGCGCUCCCCCAGUUUGUCUGCAAGAAAUGCCAUGCCCAGUUCUACAAAUGCCGCAGCGUCCUCAGGACGUUUAUUCAGAGGGUGAACGCGUCUCCUACGGGCCAUAUAAAGUCAAAAGGAAAGAGCAGCGUUGCCCAGGCCGAGCCUGGUGCGGAAGGAGGUGCCUCCUGUCUGGUCGACCUCAUCACCUCCAGCCCUCAGUGCCUGCACAGCUUGGUGACGUGGACGCACACGCACGCGGGGAGCUGCCAGUCGGUGCCGAGCCUGCAGAGCGUGCUGUCCUCGGAGUACUGCGGGAUCAUCCGCGCCGUGUGGGGCUGCGGGGAUGGCCACGACUACAUCAUGGAUACGGAUUCUGACUGUAGCACGGUGCUUGUUGACAAUGCCUUGUCUGUCAAACGGGAGUGGAACAAGAGCACAGCACAGCGCUUGACUGACAACGGGGCAGGGGCAGACAAUGCCGAGGCUGUUCCUGCUCCCAAACCCCAGCAUGCUCCAGUAAGGACAACUCCUUGCCAGCAGCCAGCAAACAAAGGGACCACAUCAGUGCCACAGAGCUUGGAGAAUGAGCUACCACAGAACAGGGAUUCAUCUCGCUCACAACUGGACAGUACAGCCUCUUUACAGGAGAGAGCCCUGCCGCAGCCAGUGUCACCGCUGAGCAGUGCCACAGGACAGUUGAGUGGGAAGCAGGUUCUGUCUUCAACGACGGAUGAGCGGGUAAAAGACGAGUUCAGUGACCUUUCUGAGGGGGACUUCUUGAGCGAGGACGAAAACGAGAAGAGAAACAUGCAAUCUUCAGAUGACUCCUUUGAGCCUUACCCUGAAAAGAAGGUUUCCAGUAAGAAAAGUGAUGGCAAAGAAGCAAAGAAGGCAGAAGAGCCCAAAAUAAGGAAGAAGCCAGGGCCUAAGCCAGGCUGGAAAAAAAAAAUCAAGUGUGAAAGGGAGGAGCUGCCUACCAUUUACAAGUGUCCUUACCAGGGAUGCACAGCGGUGUACAGAGGAGCAGACGGCAUGAAGAAACAUAUAAAAGAACAUCAUGAAGAAGUUCGGGAGAGACCCUGUCCUCAUCCUGGCUGCAACAAGGUGUUUAUGAUUGACCGGUACCUACAGCGCCAUGUGAAGCUCAUUCAUACAGAGGUACGUAACUAUAUCUGUGAUGAAUGUGGGCAGACCUUUAAGCAACGCAAACACCUCUCAGUCCAUCAGAUGCGGCACUCAGGAGCAAAACCCCUCCAGUGUGAAAUCUGUGGUUUCCAGUGCAGGCAGCGUGCAUCACUGAAAUACCACAUGACCAAACACAAAGCUGAGACAGAGCUGGAGUUUGCCUGUGACCAGUGUGGGAAGCGCUUUGAGAAGGCCCAUAACCUUAACGUCCACAUGUCCAUGGUGCACCCUCUGACCCAGACUCAGGACAAAACCAAGCCACUGGAGCCAGAGCCCAUUCUCCUCCUAAAUACUUCAGGGACUGCAGAAAGCCAGGCUGUAAAGCCAGAAGUGACUGCACAGCAGGAGCCCACCUGAAGAGGGGUUGGGAAGCUCUCCCCAUCCAGCCCUGUAGAAACCAUACAGCAGAGUGGAGAUCUUUAAUCUACAUUUUAGUCUCCCAAAGAACUCAGUGGAUUUAGCUUCAGCUUGCUCAGAAAAAGCUUGUUAUCAUGCUGUGAUUCUCCAUGCUCACAUCUGAUUCAGCAGUGUUGUACUAAGAGUCUGUCUAAUCCAAGGGGAAUGGAUGUUUGGCAGUACACCUAUAUUGUCCCCCUUCCCCCCAACACACAGUUGUAGAAAGAAAGUUGGCCCACAACUGUUACCUACCUGCACAAGCUGCUGCCUGUGUGUAAAUUGCCCUCAGGUGGCAGAAAGGGUACAUAGGACAGUGGAGCAGACAUUUUGUUUUGAAAAAAAAUUAUGAUGCCCAAAGCAAGUCUAAAAUGAAAUUUGUAACCUACUUUUUAUUGUAACAAGAGCUUCAUGGUUAUGCUUGUAAUAAAUUAUUUACAAAGUAAUUUGAAAGAAAUAGCACUGGUGAGAAAGGUAGCAGCUUUGUCCGUCCCUCCAUCCCCACUGAUGGCCAUACAGUCAGUGUCUUCUGCUUUGUUUUCUCUCUUCCCCUGCAGCG